UGCUUUCUGUUGAAUUCGUUAUUUAGAGAAUUUUAGCCUGUAAGUGUAAGAUAUUCUUUUCCGGUACAAGCAAAAAUGGCAGGUGGAAAGCAAAACAAGCUGUCUAGAGAAGAAGAGCUUUUGCUCCAGGAUUUUAGUAGGAAUGUUUCUACUAAAUCAUCCGCAUUGUUUUAUGGCAACGCUUUCAUCGUAUCUGCAAUACCGAUGUGUAAGUCAUUUAUAAAUGUCAAUGUAAACGCAUUCAAUAGACUUAAGCGCUUGUCAAAUCCAUUUCUUCAUUGUUGACGUGGCGAUUACCGGGUUCCCCAGAAUGCUGAAGAAUAAUAAGUAAAUUAUUUUUAUAAACUAAUAAAGACUAUUAAAAUUAUUUGCCUUGGUAAAAGCUUAUGGUUAAAGUACGGAUAAUAAUAAUUAUGUUAAUAAUUUGUCAAAUUCUUACUAAUUUUACAGGACUUAGUUAAUGUUAAUGAUGUACUUAGAUACUUUGGUCAAAAAUGAAAACAUUUUUUUAAAAUAAACCAAUGGCACAGUUGAAUAGAGCUAAUUUUAAACAGAAUUAUAACACCAAAAUCAUAUUUUUAGCUGUUGUAGUUUUCAAGUUAUGAAUUUUUAAAGUACGACUUGGUUUGUCAAUUUUUAACAUGGACUGCAUCUCCACAUUCUGUGACCUCAUUCCACUGAUCGCGUCAUGCGCAAUGACUAUAUAGUUUAUAUAAGGCAACGCAUUCCCUAACGCUAAAAUACUGUUUAGGGUCGACUUAUUUUAAACUUUCAACUUUGGCACAUGAAUAAUUAAUAAAAGCUUUCCCUGACCAAUGGUUUAAUAGCUUUUGCACACGGCAAACUCUUAUGAAUGAAACUCUGAGAUAGUACUACGACGUAGCCGUUAUGCAAGUGGCUGUGAAUGGUUGCCAAUGACAACGUGUUGCACAGGGAAAAUUCUGAUCAUUUAUAAUAUGGACUCUGCAGGGUUUUUAAAGCUCAAAUUAAAACAUUUCCAGUUUAAAUGUCUUCAAAAUGCAUUCUGAAACACAAAAUAUAAAAUAUUUUGAUGUAUAUAGUGGUAAUAAUUAAAUAUUUCCUAAGUAUCGACAACUUCCGCCAUUAAAAAGGGGGCGUGGCCCACGCCAUGUCGAAAUUAGGCUGAGCCACCUUAUGGUGAUAUGGGUCACUGUGACAAAUGUAACAAAUGUGAGACACGACCUACAUCAAUGAAACUUGGCACAGAUAUAGAUCAAUAUCUAAUGCUCAUACAGAUUUAAUCAAAAAGGACCUUAUCUUAUUAUUUCACAAAAAAUUUUGUAUGCAAAGAUGCCUUAUAUAUACCAAAGAUUUUCAAAAUAAAGGUCGAUUGAAAAAAGCAAAAUAGCUGGUUAGAAAUGUAGGCCAAGAUGUCUUCCAAAUUAUAAGGCCGGAAACGGAACUCAAAUAUAUGUGGAAAGAACUAAUUUAAUAAUAAAUAGACACACACAUCGGAAAAUUUAAAAACUCGGAUUUUUCGGCGCCGGCGCCCAUUUCCGAUACAAAAAAAUAGUAGUCUCCCUUGUUUCAUCGAAGUAUCUAAUGUACUUUACUGAUGUGGUAGUAUUAGUACUAGUAGUAGUAGUAGGCUAAGUAGGCGUAGGGCAGGGAAAUAAUUGAAAUAUCAGUUUGAAAUUGUCCAGUUUAGACUUGAGUAAAGCAUUAGAAUACAACAUUUGAAAUCUCCUCAUGAUAGUAUAAUUAAGGUUCACUUAACAUUUGCAGCAAACUUUAGAUUUUUCAAUUUUGUUCCUUAUUUUUUUAAUGCAUUUUAUUCAUCAUUACAGGGUUGUUUUGGCGCAUUCAUCAGAUGGAUCUUUACCAGUCAGCAAUCAUCUUUGUCAUCGGCACCAUCAUCAGCACAUAUCUAGUUGCAUUAGCUUAUAAAAAUGUCAAGUUCAUUUUGAAGCACAAGUUUGUAUAUCUUUUAAAUAUAUUACUUUAAAUAAAAUUAGGCCUAUUUAUUGAACAUUUAAUGACUAAUGUAUUAAUUUUAAUUUAAAAUUACCUCCAAAAGCAGUUAUCAAAUGCUUUUGUUUAAAAAAUUGUAUUGCUGUUGUUAGUUAAUUUAAAUAAUAAUUACAGAAUUGCUCUGAAGAGAGAAGACGCUGUUGCAAAAGAGAUGAUGAAAAAGCUUGCUGAUGAUAAACGCAUGACUAAAAAAGAAAAGGAUGAAAGGCAAGUUAUAGCUAUGUUGUCUUGUCAUAAUUUAAUUCAUUUUGAGUGAGUGAAAAUUAAAAAAUUAAUUAAAUAUUUGCACACAGGUAAAAACAAUUUAUUGGCAGCUGAUGAUGACUGGAUGCCAUCUAAUUCAAUAGUUCUACAAAGUUUUAAAAAUAUUUUUGAUGUAAUAGUUUAACAUACAUCUCCAUUAUUUCAGAGUUUUGUGGAAAAAGAAUGAAGUUGCAGAUUAUGAAGCUACUACAUUCUCCAUCUUUUACAACAAUGCUUUGUACUUAGUACUUCUCAUCGUAGCAUCGUUUUUCCUUUUGAAAAACUUCAAUCCAGUUGUGUAUCCUUUUACCUUGUAAUAGAAUGAUAAUGCAUGCUGGGAAUGUCAUAUGCUAUAAAUUCUUACUAUCCUUGAAAUAAAUGCUUAACCCUAUCAUUAACGCUGGUUUUGGCAUCAAUUUUCGCUGACUUGCAAUAAAAUUGCUUAUUAACUUCUCUAUAUAUUUACGAAUAAAGAAAUAUAUAGUAUAUAGCAUUGAAAUAUGACGUCGAAGUGACGUCCUUGGUAUUUCAGAAAAGUUCUUUGCCUCUUUGCUAUGAUGACAAUGUGACGUCCUUGGUAAUUGAAAGUGGGUGAUCGUGACAUGGCAUCGACGUAAUCUGUUACAAAAGGAUUAAUGGGGCAUUAUGAUAAAUUUAGAGAUUGUUUCCUGUAUCCUCUGCAUCGCUGAAUAAUCCUAUAUCAAAUACUAUAUAACAUGCAGUUUAACUAUUCCCUAUGGUUGCUACUGGGGGGGUUCUGAUGCACGCAUUCAAAUAUGUAAGCAUGGCCUGAUGACAAACCUCAUUAUUUAAAAUAGCUAUGAAAUCACACACACACACAUCAAUAAUUCUGGUGAGGGUAUGAUUCUUUUUUAUCUUGUUUCACUUCAAUCAAUGUGUUUUAGUACAGUGCGUCUAUAUCUGGCAUAUGUUUGUCUGAGAUGCCAAAAAUCUUGUUUAUUUUGGGAUAAUGUUGUGUUGUUUGUUGUGCUGUCAACAAGUACCUGCCUGACACUAACUGCCUGAGCAAUGAAAUUGAUUCACAGGGUAUGAAAUUGAUUCUCUGGUUGCUGAUUUUAAGAAUUUUUUUUAAAAAAUGAGAAAAUAUUGAAAUUAUAAAAAAUAAACGAGUUUCGCUGUUUGUCAUAUUAAAGUAUAGGCUAAUGUAAUUAAGGUGUUUUUAAUAAUAAAAUUUAAAUUAACUACACCAUUUCAAAGUGUGGUUAUAGGACAAGUGCAUGACGAAUGUAGAAGUUGUUGUGUAGGCAAAUGGUAACAUCUGCAAUCGAUAGACUCAUCGGACUAACCCACCAUUUUGAUUUAUAUUACUCCAGUGAUAAUAGUGCUUCAUAAAUAAGGUUCUUAACAGCAUUGAUACUGAAUUAGUCUUCUCCACCUGGUACCCGGGUAUCGGCUCUGUGGGUCGACAAGUACUCAGGCAAGUGGUUUUUUUUUUUAUUUUUGAGAGCUGGAAAAUACUAAUUAAUUUCAAGUAAUUGGAAGUAUUAAUUAAUGUUAUCCCAGCCACAGAUUAACUAAUUAAAUAUAUUUUUCAGUUAAAUUAAAAGCAAAGUGCUGUUUGGAUUGGUUGGAUUAAUUUAAUAUGUACUAACUGAGAAAGUAGAUAACAAGAAAAUUGAACCACAUGGAAAUUUUGAAAGUUCAUUUCAAAAUGUGAUGCUAAAAUUAAAUUCAAGGCAAAGUUAGUUCUGUCUGUGUGUUGAGAAAUGUUUUUUGGGGAUAUAAUCCUUGCAGGUCUUCCCAUUCCUUAAGUACUUCGACCAGUAUGUUAUGUUUGCAAAAUACAACUAAACAGCAACCAUUUUGGUGGUAAGAAGUUAUAGAGGUUUGAAAAAGCCUUAGGUAAUAAAGAAUAAAGUGGUUGAAGUUGAAGAGUUGUUGGUCUUUAUGAUAAGUUCUUAUUUUGUGUUGCAAUAUUAAAACAUAAUGUACACUAUUUAAUUUCUUCUUUAAAAGAUUGUUUGUUACAUUAAUACCAACAUUUCCUUAACGACUUUGCAGCAAUUACUCCCUGUCAGUUGGAUCUGCUGCUGGUUUACUGGCUCUUUUUUCUACAAGCAGUAAAGUUUGAUAGAUUAAGAUAUGUGAAUGUACUUUAAAUAGUUUGGAUAGGGUGAAUGUUUUUGCAUUUACAAGUAUAAGCCAGUUUUUGGUUUAUUUUCAUAUAUUUUAUUUUGAAGUUAUCACAUACGAAAAUAGUUUCAAAAUAACCUUUUUUUCUGAAACAACAUUGUAUGCAUGCUUGUAUACAUUUAAAUAUUUUUAUUGUGCAUCAUUUAUUGAUGCUUAUGAAAAUAAACAAAUUUCAAAUCAUUCCACUUGUUUGCUUACAGUGCCUUUCCUUUUUUUAUUAUUGUAAUUUAAACAAGGCCUGCACAACAUACGGCCCGCCAGCACCUACUUUGUGGCCCGCCAGCACCUACUUUGUGGCCCGCCUUACAUUUUGAGUUGUGCAGGCCUGCUUUAAUUUUUAAACCAUUAUUUAUAUCUUUCAUUUUCUGGUUAACUUAUUUGAACUUUUUUGUGAGAAAUCAUUUUCUUCUUCAGUUAAUAAAUCUGCUUUAAAUAUAUAUUCUAUAUUUAGUAUAUUUAGAUUGUUCCCAUCAUAAUUUAAAAAACAAUGACCACUAAUUUACCACUAAGCUGGUAAUGGUAAUAGACUUUGGUGUCCAGUUCCAAGAAAUCAAUCACUUUGUUGAAAGUGGACACUCUGCUGCCCCCAUCUCUAUCCUAUGAAGAUGAAUUUAGUAAAAGGUAUGCAUUUUUAGAAUAAAUAGUACUGGAGCCAUAUUUCAUUAUGAGGUUAUAAAUUAUUAUACUUUAACCCAGUACCGUAGAGUAAUAGAUGAUACGAAAUUUAAAGGAAUUGAAUGAACUAUACCGUACCAGAGCAAGACAUCUAGAAGGAAUGUCAAAUCUACCGUAUCACAGAAGCUAUUGGCUCAAUACCUGGAUAGAUAUUGUAUCAGCUGGUGGGGAAUGGUUAAAGUCAGGGGUCUCAAACUCGCGGCCUGCAAUAGGAUAUUUUGUGGCCCACUACAUGACAUCAAAUUUUAGUGUUAAUCCGGCUCGCGCGUUUUUCCAAAUUCUCAUUAACGUGACCGUCUGCAACGGUUUCAGUCAAAUCUCACAGACUAGUCUAAUUCUGAUUUUUAUUAUGUUUGAAUAGAUUUAGACAUUGAUUAUAAUGGUAAAUACCGUUUUAAAAUCGGAAUCAAAGUUUUUAUUUUAUAGCAUUUUAUGAGACAAACAUGGCGAAAGUGUUUUGAG